UGUUCCGGUCGCGUCGACGGGCGGCCGGAAUCCCGCACCUCGCAACACUGAUUCCGUACUAACAUCUACAACUUUUAUACGCUUGUGAAUGCGCGCACUAAGCAGCGGGCACGUGAGAAGCCCGCUCAACGUUUUUCUCGCUCACACUCUGUGACAAUUGUGUCGCGAACUGUUUCCCGCCAAUUUCGGUGAAAAGUUUUUGGCGCGAAAGCCCACGGACCGAGCGAGGAUGGCUCGUCAGUGAAGAUUGAGGUGUGUUUUGGCUUGUUUGGCCGAUUUGACAUAAUGGAUGACUGGGAGAGACACGUGACCCCCCUUCUGCAGGACAUGGGGUGUUCCAAUGAGGACGCUCAAGAUGACUUCUUUCAUCAGCAAGAUUUGCUGGUUGGCAGUAGCGGGGCGGGCAAUGGUGGAGCGGCAACCUCACCAGACGGUGGUUCCAGUUCCGCCCCACCACUAUCACCAGGGGGCUCAGGCGUCGUUGGCGGCGCUCUGUCACCCGGGGCUGGAAGCCAUGCUAGUACACCGGCCGCCUCGUGUUGCGAUACCCCUCGGCCUAUCAUCACAGACCCGGUCUCCGGUCAAACAGUUUGUUCCUGCCAGUAUGAUGGUGCAAGACUCGCUCUCUCCUCAUACCCUCGGUUGUCAAGCGCCGCGGUGGGGGUAUACGGCGCCCCCUACCCAUCCACAGACCAAAAUCCUUAUCCGAGUAUUGGCGUCGACAGUUCAGCUUUCUAUUCACCUUUGAGUAACCCAUACGCCCUGAAAGAAGGUGGCGGUGAAAUGUCUGCGUGGACAUCAGCGGGCCUUCAACCCUCCAGCGGCUACUACCCAUACGACCCUACAUUAGCUGCCUACGGAUAUGGAGCGGGAUACGAUUUAGCAGCGAGAAGGAAAAACGCGACGCGAGAAUCAACAGCGACGCUUAAAGCAUGGCUGAACGAACACAAGAAAAACCCGUAUCCCACUAAAGGCGAGAAAAUAAUGUUAGCGAUCAUAACUAAGAUGACGUUGACACAAGUUUCGACGUGGUUCGCAAACGCACGGAGACGACUCAAGAAAGAAAACAAAAUGACAUGGGAGCCAAAGAAUAAAACGGAUGACGACGACGACGCAAUGCUCUCCGACGAAGAGAAAGAACAAGACGAUAAAAUUAAAAAUAGCAAAGAUGAGGAGCGGAAGGAUGAUCUGCUGCAAGGGAUGCAUAGCCAGCUACUCGGAUACGGGAUAAAGGAGGAAUCGAAGCGGGGUCCCUCCGAGUGUGGUGUGCCUAUACCUGCUUCGAAGCCGAAAAUUUGGUCCUUAGCUGAUACGGCGGCGUGUAAAACUCCACCACCAGCCGCUCAACCUUGGCCUCAGCAUGGUUAUGGACCCGAACGACCGCCUCCAGCCGAUGGCAGUUCCAACGGAUUUGUGCUGCCCGCAACGGCUGCAGCUAGCCCUGCGAGCGGAUCCUACGGACGGUACGGUGGCUUCCCUGGUGGCCAAUACAGCGGGCAACACCCCUGCAUACAUCCAGCUGCAUUUCCUGAUGUGCAAACGGACACGCCACCACAAACACCCCCCAAUAUGAAGGUGCACAGUGUCGCAAACCCUCUUGGAAGUGGUGGUUCUGGCUACUGCUUCCCCCGGCACCAGCAAUCACCACAGCGUGACCCCUACCACAAUCCCCAUCACACGAACAACCAUCAGCCGAACCAGCAUCACAACGAAGGAUCAGCGGCCUUUAAACCGUUUUAUAAAAGAUAAAGUAAGUGGAAGCUGGGCUACUGCGGGAAAGCCCCGUCAACUAUAAAAGGACAAUUAACUAACAGUGGCACAGUGUUUUCAUAAAUCCCAACCACAAACGACGUUGUAACGACACUUCGAUGAUAACACGAAUAAAUAGUUUUCGUACAUUUUGUUAAUCAUUUUGAUAAUAAAGCACGUGCAAUUAUGUUUCUGUGUAUCUUGGAAAGCUUGUAAGUAUCAAAGAACGUAUCUCGUAAUGAGGCUUCGUAUGUAUUUUGAAGAAAUAACGCGGAAGUACUAAAGAACCAUCUUUGAUAUUUGACUUCGUACUGGUUGGUUAGAAAUGCUUUGUUAAUGCGUCGAGCUGUUGACUGUUCAGGAACUAAAAAUUGUAUCACAAUCAUUGCUCAGUAUUUUUAUAGAAUUAAGAAUAUUGUGGAUGUAAUAUUAUCCAAAUUAUUUAUAGAAAACUAAAUUGAAAGGUCUUGUGGAGUUGAUUAGAGAAAUAUUGUAAAUUAAUUAGGAAAAGCCUGAUAAGUAUCAUCCUAUGUUUUUGUUCUUCCAUAUAAUUUUGUCGUAAGGUGUAUAAUUUUUUAAUUGUUAAAAUCCCCGUGUAAGACGUAUUAUUUUUGUUGAAUUGUGUAAACAAUCGUCGACUUUCAUGUUGUUGUCUUUGUAUAUAAGUAAAGUUAUGUAGAUUUUCUAUUUUAGUUUCACAUUAAAUGUACAAAGUAAUUAAUGCUUUUGAUGCAGUUUGCACUUUGAUGCAGUUUCGUGGCAUCUGAACGAAUUUUAUAAAUAUUGUUAAAAGUAUUAUUAGAUUACAUGUAUAUAUAUUUUACUGGCAACGUUCUUUUCGGUGUUAAGCCUAUACAUGGCUUUACGAUAAGCUAUGAAUAAUGCAGGUUUUAUAUUAGAUUCCAAUGCAUUUACGUAAUCAGUCAAAAUUCAUAUAUUUAUAAAUGUAAGAUCACAAUCUCCUUAGUUAAUUCCCUUAGUGCAAUUUAUUUUAAAAUACACUUAAAAUCGCUUAUAAAUUAUUUAUGACCAAAAGCUGCAUAUAGAAUUAUGAAGUCCAGUUAAAUUGUACAUAGCAAAGCUAAUAUUAUUCAGAGAAUGCACUAAACCUCAUAUGACUGUUUAAAGGGUCAGUGUUCAGUAGUUAAAUAUACCGUCACUCGAAGAGCUUCACUGUAUCUUUAAAACACAGAAAAUUCAUAAGCGAACUGAGUCUCAAACUACGAAAUGCUAUUCAACUAAUUGAGGCUUAUAGUACGUUUCUGAACAAGACUGUGUUUAUCUUACUUAUGUAUUAAUGUAAUUUACAAUUUCAUACAUGAUAAGCCACAACUUUCCUUUGCUUACAGAGGAAAUCCCGGAACGUUUCGAACUGAGAAGGACUUUUGUAUAGGCUACAUAGACUUCUCUGUUCAAAGUGAAUUAAAGAUUGAUACAGUAAUCUAUAGUGUAACCGACUUUGAGUAUUUAGUUUCUUUAACUAAAGUAACAACUGAACAUUGCCGUUUAGUCAUUGAAAAUUAAAAUGUAAUUUAAACCACAUACAAAUGUCCGUCUUGACGUAUUGUACGUAGGUCACAUAUUUACUGCAAUAUUUUGAGGCUUGUUAUAUAAGACUCAGUUUAAAAAUAAAUUGUGACCAAAUCGAAUACAUUUUCUUAAUAUUAAAUGUCCUAUAUAGAUAUUUCUAAAUAUGUACCUAUUCAU